GGACCCGGGCUCGUCUAACCCCCGACGGCAAGCGCGCCAUGACCAAGGCUCCCUUCUCGGUGGAGUGGCUCUCCCAGAGCAGCCAAUCCACCAACCACGCCCGGAGCAGGGAAGGAGUCAGCCCAGCCGCGUCUUCGGCCUUCCCCGACGGCAUCCGGACCCAGCAGGGAGAGCCUCCGUCUAACUGCCGGCCUGCCGGGAGAGAACGAAGCCCGGUCGGGGGGAAAGUCGUUCCCAGGGGCCACGAACCACCUUCUGAACAUCUCCCUUCGCUCCAGAAGAAAGUGGAUUCCUCCUCGACUUCAGCAGAGGAGUCUGAGGCUCCCAAGCGGACGUGGAGUGCAACGGAGGGCAGCGAAGGGAGCCUCUCGGAGGGCCAGACCCCAGAAGAGAGCAGCGGCAGUAGAAGCACUAACAGCCGCCGCUUGCGCACCGCUUUCAGCGUGGAGCAGAUCAGCACCUUGGAGAACUCCUUUAAGCGUCACAGGUACUUGGGCGCCGCAGAGAGACGCAAACUGGCCAGUAAGAUGAAACUCUCCGAAGUUCAGAUCAAGACUUGGUUCCAGAACCGGCGGAUGAAAAUGAAGCGUCAGUGGCAGGAGAUGAGACCUGAACCCUUGCACGGAGUGCCAUUUUACAGCCCCCUCCCUUUUGCACCUCAAAGUGGGCCUGUGUCCUAUGUUUACUCUCCACACCAGCAGACUUUCGCUGGGAGGGAAGCUGUUCCUUCUGGCAUCCCCUUCCCUCCAAUGCCAGCUCUGACUCUGGAUCCUAGAAGCAACUCUGGAGGGCCACCUGGUGCUCUCUGGCCAAUGCCCAUGCCCUACUUUGUAGGAUGUCAGGACCCUAGAACUGUCUUCCUGCCCCUCUGAGUCAAUCAUCAAUGAUACUGCUGACCCACAGAAGGAUUUGCACUAAAGUUUGCUCUUCCAGAGCUGUAUUUAUAGCUAACGAGAUCCCUGGAUACAUAGGUUUUGAAUAUAUUUUGCACAGAGAUAUAAAUGGGAGAAUGGGAAAGUGGGGUGAAAAUAAAUAACUACAAUGUGUUCCCCCCAAAAAAGCUAAUUCAUUCAGCAAGACCUUACUGGGUUUUGACAUUUAAACGAGGGCUUCACACAGACCAACUUCAAGCUGCAUCUUAAAUUUAGGCCAUGCCAUUGGGCAGAACAGCAACAUCUGGAGAAGCCUGAUAUAAAAUUAGACAAGAGCCCAUCUCCUGUGAUCGAUUUAGCAAGAUCAGCUUAUGCUUGAUUUAGGGCUUGAUAAUGUGUUGUUCGGAGAGUUGUGCAAUAAUAGCAUCAGAGAGAUGUUAAACACUGUGAUUAACUUACUUCUUUGUAAGGGUGACCCUGAGAACAUUGAUGUGCCAUAAAAUUCUGGUGUUCAUUCACAACCCACUGAUAAAGUUGUCUGUGUUUGCAGUGCAAUAUAUUGUACUUUAUCAAUAUAUUGCUCUUUAUGAUAAGAUGUAAGCCAUAAGCUAAUUCAAAAUGCUUUCUGCAUUAAUAGGUAUGUUUUUAUCUGGGGG